GUACUGUUAUGUAAGCCGGGUACUAUCAAUUGUCCUCUUGCCAAGUGCGGAAAACGAAAUCACAUCCCGUCAUUCUAUAGUUUUUACGUUCAAGGAUGGAGGCUUAAUACAGGUAAGACUAACAAAGAAAGAUUGACCCUGCUACGCUGCUUGAAUGCAUAGAAAAUCGGGCCAGUAGCCGCCAAGAAUUAAGGUAGCCGGGUGAACCGUGAAAUACUAUACAGAUUAUUGCUCUGUCACAGUGGCUGUCAAUAGAUGAUGUUCAGAAUCUGGGAAAUGAAAUAAGAUGAAUAUGCAAAUAACCAAGUCAAGAGACAGGUCCGUGCGAUAUGCAUAUGCGAGAUACUCAUGCCAGAGAAAGAAUUUAUCCAAAUUCAUGGAGCUGAUCAGACCUUGUAUGAAGAUGUCGAAGAUAUCGAUGCCGGAAGCUUUUGAGCACGCUGAGCCACAAGCGGCCUAAACUCGAAAUAUAACCACCGGCAUUGUUGCGUAACCUUCAAAAUACAGUCGCCUCCCGUGUCAAACCUUUCAGGGAAAACGUAAACUGCAAAACAGUCGGUUUUUUUUCUCAAAAUCAGUAAAGCAAUCGGUAAAGCGUGGCGUAAGAGUCUUACGCGCGCGAAGUGCGAGAGUGUGAGGCGAGAGUCUCGCUCUCCGUUUUCAGCCUCGUUCCAGACCUUUUGUUUGACUGCUCGCGCGUUCUUUAAUUUACGCAAAAAUACGGACUGUUUUGCAGUCUAGGGAAAAUGAAAAAAGUUCGAGUCAUGCAUGGGGAGUUCGAGUUAUCGGAAGCUCAAAGCAAAGCAAAUGGGUGGGGAUAGCCUGUUCCAGGCGUUCAGGUAGUGGGGAGCGGUGCGAAGUAAAAAGGAGCGCGAAAAAAUAAAAGCGAGGGAGGGGGAGAGGUGAGAGAGGGAACCGCACCUCUCUCUCUCCAGUCCCCCUCUACUUUUCAUCGCUUUCUUUACUUCGCACCGCUCUCCACUAUCUGAACGCUUGGAACAGGCUAGGGUGGGGAGGGAAUGCAACUCAGCUAUCAUGGGUGAUGGGCUCCUGGUAAAGACAAAGAAUCGAAGUGAAACGGUUGUUUUGAAAUCAAUUCAAAGUUUCGGACACCGUUACAUUGUUUUUUUUUUUUUCAAACUUGUCAGGCGAUUUCGGAUUACAGAAUGGUCGAGCCGUAUUAAUUGAGGCAAAAAAUAUAUAGAAAUGAUCUAAAGGGAAACAAAAGUUACUUCGAGUACUAGAGGGAGGUUCGAGUUGUCAAAGGUUUGAGUUACCGACGGUAAAAUUGCAGUAUGAAGGAAAUCCAGGGGAAAUCGACUUGGUUCGAGUUAGCGCAAGGUUCGAGUUAGCGAGGGUUUGAGUUAUCGGGAGUUAGCUGUUUUAGGAUUUGUAUGGUGAUUGAAGCCGCCUCACUUGGGUUUGGGUUGUGUGCUUCCCUUUUGUGUUUUAUCCCAACCGAUUCAUGGCCAUUUUAUGGAUUUUGUUGGAGCAGGUUUGAGAAUAAACAGGUUCCAAUAAUGGCCAUAAAUCGGCUCGGGAACCUUACAGGAAAGUAGAAACACACAACUUAUUUAAAUGCUUUCUCAUUCGUAGGCUACAAAUACAAUCCGAGUUUUUCUCCCAUUCGAAUCCUUAUACUAUUUUAUUUCGAACGUUCCGCAACAGUGCUGCUGGUCAUAAUUCUAGGUCGCUUGCCGUUCGUCCGUGACUUCCCAUAUCCUUCAAUAUCUGUCACUGAGUUUUGCCACAAAAGCACGAUUUCAUCUCUCAGCUGAUCUCUCGAGAUCUUAAGAUUAAAGUGAUGCCCAUUCUAUACAUAGACUGUUUGGAUUGCAAAAUGACAACUUUAAAUGCCCCUUUGCACUUAAGAGGCGGUCCGUGUAAGAACCGACCACUCGAAUUUCCGCGGAAAACAGAAUUCCUUCAUUUUUUUUCUGCAACAUAAUUAGCCCAUUCCAUUAACAAAAAUCGAAUUUGUUUGGCUCAUAGUGCUUUUUUAAAAAAAUUUGGGCGGCGAUUUGCCUGGACGGUCCAAAGCUGUCAUGAUCGUCUUUUUGAAGGUCAAAUUUAGCGUUUUGUUCAAAGCUCGCAAAAAUUUCGCAUUUAUCAAAAUAGCAUAAAACAAAAGUGUGAUUUUAAUUCAUGCUUCCUUUAUUCAAAAAAGGCAAAAUAUUUAAAUUCUGACUUUAAAAAAACGAGUUAUGAUGUUUUGAAAAUACCACGUAAAGCGUCCUUGAAAAAAAUGCGCGGUUAUCCUAGUUUUAAAAUAAGCUUUUUUCAAAAGUCUGACGUUAUCUGGAGUCUUGGUCACCCUCCCUGUUCAGUAAUAGGGCUAGUGUAUCGAAAUCAAGAAAAACAUUUUUGGGCACUGUUGAUUCCGAAGCACAAGAGUUCGAUAAAGUUGGGUAAUAUUUUACUGUAAUUGUGCGUAUGACGUAAUUUACGCAUUUUGGUGAUUCCGAACUUUCCCACAGAAAAUCAAACCGAGAGAGGAAAUGUAUUUAAAAGUGGCCUUUAUUGUUCGAGAUAAACUGUGAACAGCUAACAACUUACCAAAUGCUCCACGAAACUAGGAAUUGCGAAGUUUAAUAGUCGAAAUUAUCGAUUCCGGGGUAAGUUGUCAGUCGUCUAAGUUUACUUCUAAAAGCCGUUUACAAAAUUUCAUUCAAUUAAAUUGGUCGUAGGUUUUCCUGAUCAACAAAAAAAGAAAAAGCUUUUCAUUCAGGUUAAGCAUAUAAUUACUUGACGAAAGUGAGUCCUGUUUAAAAGAAUUACACAUUUUAUUAAAAACACCCGGCACAUUACAGCCGAAAUUCAAAUCAUCUGAACAGUGUUAAUUUCCCGUCACGCUGGCUACGCGUGAAUGUCAGUCUUUUAGCUUGUCACGCGUAUGUACCUUUUUAGUACGGUUGACAAAAAAACAUGUUCUUUUCUAAUUCGACUUUUCAAAAUGUAUAAAGGUCUUAAAACGUCUUUUCAAGUUUUCGAAAAAUAACUGCCUCCACGAUCUUUUUGAACUCGAGGUCGAAAAACCCUGUUGGUUACUAUAUUAAAUAGCGGUUUGUGCCUUAAUGCGGCUGGUUACAGUCACAGCCUUCAAGAAAUUCGGAUAAGUUCGCUACAAGAAUUUUUUUCUAUCGCGAGAACUAAAAGGAAUUUCAGAAAGUAUAAAGGUCUUAAAACGUCUUUUCAAGUGUUUGAAAAAUAACUGCCUCCACGAUCUUCUUGAACUCGAGGUUGGAAAACCUGUUGGUUACUAUAAUAGCGGUUUGUGCCUUAACGUGGCUGGUUACAGUCACAGCCUUCAAGAAAUUCCGAUAGGUUCGCUACAAGAAUUUUUUUUCUAUCGCGAGAACUAAAAGGAAUUUCAAAGUAUUUCAACAUGUCCUUGAGCAUAGCAACGCUAAAUGUUUCAAGUUUCUUCUCGUGUGAAAGGUCACAUAAACAGUAUGAAUCAUAGCAGAUCGGAUGCUUAGGACCAAGGUGGGUGGCUACCUCUUCCACGGUGGCUCGUCUUUCCUGCUCUUCCUGUUCCGCCUCUACGUCUUCAUUGAGCGCUUCUCGAUGUGCUUUGCUUCUUCGCGAGGCCGCUAGCCUCGAAAAAAAUCCCUGUACUUGACCCUUUGUGAGCCAAUGUUUCCUCUCAAACAUCCGAGAACUGUCUGGGUUUCUUGCAGUUCGCAUAUCUGCUGCCACUUUUGCGGGAUCUGACUUGAUGCCAGUUCUUUCUCCAAGAUCAAAUUUCGUUGUUAGGUACUGUUUAACCUCGGUAGGAAAACGCACAGCUUCGUUUCGGGGCUUGUGUAGAGCCCAUCCAGUCUGCAAGUCACUGCACUCGGGAGAGCGGCCAGUUUUAUUCUUUUCGUGAUGCUCCUCUACAACUGCUUCAGGCACGCUUCUGAUUUCUUCGUCCUUAUCAACAGUACGAAAUUUCUCCGCCCAGUCUCUUCUGAGCUUGUCAUACACCGUAUCAGAGUUUCCGCGAACUUGGCUGUGCUCACCAACAUCAAGGUGAUUUUCGAGUUCACUGAAUUUCUUGAAAACCAUGUUGCACCCGGACUCAGAACAAGAGAAAAGACCGUUGCAUUGUUCAUUUUCACUGUUUGUCUCUCUCUUAUACACUCGAGCUUCUUUGAGAGGAAAGAAGUUUUCAUGCACAAUGAGACCAGUAGGACCUUGAGGUUCAGUUAUGACCUCUCGGUAAGGAAUAAACUUGCCUAGUCCAACACCAUAAGCUCUCCAUGCUCUAAUUCCUUUCACUUCAAACUUGAAAUUGUGAUACUUGCUGAAACCUUCUAUCUUAUGUACUUCGAGUGUCUUUUGAGUCUCAUUCAUUGCGCACACGGAGGCAGUUGUACCUUGAACAGGACGUUCUGAAAGCGCUACACGCAUGUCUUUCGCAGAAACGACAUCGUGUCCUUCAUUGCAAUAUCGUCGGAUGGAUUCUUUCAUUGGGCAAAGGAUUCUAUCACAGAUAUCUUUUCCAUACUGCGGCUCGGAAAAGUCAUACCGUGCUACUUCAAUGCCUACUCGUCUUCCGGCAUCUCUAACGGCGGCUAAGAGAAAGUUAUUGUGGUAACAGCCUGCUUCGUCACUCCCUAGGUUCACUUGGGUAAUCUGGGGAUGUUCUUUCUUUACAACCUCAAGUGUGUUUUCGAUGAUCGUGCAUACUGCGUACCAGUCUUGCUGGCAAGAGUCGAAGAUAUGAGCAUACGAUUGCAGCUCAAUUUUUCCAGAGUCAACAUUCUUAGUUAUAAAGGUGGAAAUAUGCCAGCUGAGCCCCCGUUUGCCGAACCAUUCAGACUGUUUCUCACGAAAUUUUAUUUGGAGGAACUUCAUGGCCCAGUCCAUGAUCAGAAUGGCUGACCGUGGGUCUUCUGAUUUCAGUGCAUCCGGUUUCGCCUCCUCCUGAUUUAUUGAGCGUACAAUGUGCGCUUUCCACAGCAAGAUGUCUGACUGUGCACGGUCAAAGUCGUAAAGGACAUCUUCUCGUUGUUCGCAACUGUAAGGCUUCCAUGACGACCCUUCAAUCGCUAGUCUCACUUCCUUUAGAACAUCCUUCAGCCCUUGGCAUUGCUCGCAAGUCGAUUGAUGCUGAUGCGGACAAGGAUGCUGGAGCUCGGGAUCAACAGGAUCACUAAGCGCAAACUUUCUACAGUGGUCAGCACAAGUAGAGUAAUGCUGUUGACAGUGUACACGGUAGUCAGUUUUGAGAUAGCGUUUAGCAUCGCGUAGGUUUUGGCAAAUACGUAAACACCGCUGUUUCUCCAUUCCUCCCUUCUCAAGAGUUUCAACCAGCGUCUCAAUAGUCUGAAAGCCCGCAGCACCAUCUGCAGCCGUAUUGUCCAAUCCCUGGAGCGAUUUACGCUGAGACGCUUCUCGAACCUCCAAUAUUUUAAACAGAGAAGACCUAAUAAGUGGCUCGUGACAUUGCUCUUUGCAAUACUCCAAGUAUUGCUCAAUCAUUGUAGACCUGGUCAGGAUCCUUACAACGUUAGGCAUCUCAAUUCUGUCACCAUUAUCUAGGGUGAGUACCUUGUUACCAUAUGAAACAUCCUGAUAAAAGUACGGUCUAUUAAUGAACUCUACAAAGUGGUCGACCUUCCCCAUAUCAAGGCGUACGCGAUGCUUCGUCUUGAUUUCAGGGAUGGUCCCAGGACCGUGCAUUUUAGCAUGAGAACGUGCUUGCUUUAUUUCCCAUGUAGAGAGACUUCCGUAAGGUUGGUGAAUUUUCUUCAGUUUGGUCAUAGGGUAUCUUUGAGCGUAAAGGCUCAGAAUCUGUUUCUUUAAAUUCCUGGUCUUUGCGUUCUUAUAAGCAGUCAUGAGUACCACAAGAUCAUCGGGGACUGCGCCAUCAAAUAAUUCUCUUUGUACAGACAUCAUUGACUCGAAGAGCUCCUCUCCGUUACCUGGGGCAAUUACAUUACAUAUGUGCAAGCAGUCCUCUUUAGCCUUUUUUACAAAUUUCAGCUGUUCCCCAUCGCUUAAGUUUUGGAAUGGAGUUUUAAGCUGAUAUUUAAGAGGUUCGCGUUCUACUUGUUCUUGUGUAGUAAGACUCGCAAUUGUAUCCAUCGCCUCGUUAUACCUGCCGACUGCAUCGGUUACCACGGGUGAAGUUAAAGAGGCCUCCUCUGACCCUGGAGUCCAGCAUGGUGUUAUCGGAUUCCAGGAAGCUGGCGUUGAUUGGUCUUCAAGAAAUGGAGUUGAAGUGACCAUGCGACCGAUGGCUCCCACAGCAGCCCUCUUUAGCAUGUCUGCGGAGAAUAAAAAUGGAAAGGUUGCUACUUAGUUGCCUUGCGAUAGGAUAACCUGACAGGACAACCGUGUGUGUUUUUUUUAUAAAACAACAACCAAACGACUACCCUCCCGACAGUACCUUUGAAGGAGCACAUCUCCCUCAGUUUCCUCAGGGUAUAGCCAGUCUGAUUUCCGAUCUACUUCUUCACUGUGUUUCUUUCUGCACGUUGUGCAAAUAGCUAUAAUAACAAAAAGAAACAAAAAAAGUUUUCCAACCUGGAAAGACUUGUUAAAAAAAUACUGAAUUUACUACUAAGUUGAUAAUAGAAGCUAUAUCUUUAUAUCCCAUCUUGGAAAUUAUGUUAUAUAGGCUAUAAAUCAGCGACCGAAUUUAUGGAUGAUGCACAGCAAAGAACUAUUGCUGUAAUGAACUAUAAAAACCAAAUUAUGAUCAUUUGAUAUGUUAUUUUUUUGGAAAUGAUUUUCUGGCUCCAAAAUACUAUCAAAUACGGGAUCGAUCGUUUAUCGUUCAGAAAAUAUAUAGAAUGGGACUUCCCCUAAGUCUACAGCUCGCUUUUAAGUAAUUACGAACGAAAGUAUUUAGUUGAAAUGUUAAGGAAGACAAAACCCUUUAAUUGUGAUGUGUUAAUUAUAAAAUGAAAGCAUAAAACAGUUAUAGUUGCUAGUCUGAUAGUACUUACGCGAGCCAACGGGAACGGCUUCUCCAAAGAUAUUUUUUAUUUCCCUUGCAGUCUUGAAAUUAAUAACAUGUGUUCCGGCUAUUGCCAUUUUCUUCCCGUGAUGUUUUGGAUACUGGCAGGUCUUUGGAGCUUGCCAGUAUUUUCCCAAAGUGUAACGAUGGACUGGACCAACCGUCAUAUUCUUGAUCUGAUCAUCAGUGAGUUCUAACAGACCUGCCCUUGCCAGUAUCAGAUCCAUUUCACAAACAUUUUCCCUUGACAGGUGGUGAUUCAUUAGGUGUGAACUAAUGUCAGCGUUGCAACUAUUCAAGCACACAAAAUCGACACAUCCUCGAUUACUUCCGCAUUUUCCGCCUGUUACUGCGGAAAAAGAACAAAAUGCAGCCAUUCUAUCUGCGAAGGUUAUCUCGGCACACUGUAAAUACGCUCUACGUUUUGUGUUGCAAAUUUGCAUACGAUAUUAAAUUAAGUGAACGACGCCAGAAAAAUUAACUUAAAUUGAAUUAAAAACUUGAAGAAAUUUUUAGUAAACCAGCAAAACAUUUUUAUUCUUAAAAGUAGCCAGUUUUUUUGUACCUUGUUUAUUUUACCUCGUUAAGCCUGAUAAGUAGUUUCAGCUUCGAUAAAAUAACAUCCAACAUGUUUUGCACUGCAAACUGAAGUCUGAAAUUGACAUCCUCAGACACAAUGUAAAUGAUGUCGUCUGCACGCAAAAACUUGUGGCUAGAAAAUUUGGUACAUUUUGGUAAACUAUUUCUUUGCUGGAUCGUGUCAUAACUUUUGAGGUGGUAAUUACACGGUGAAUCUAUUCACAAUGUGUUUUAAAUUUUUUUACCGUUCUAGCUCCUUUAUUUCAACGAAAUUUCUUAACUGUUUAGCCACCACUUGACAUAGCAACAUUCACCGGAGCUGCUACGUUUUUUUGGAACAUCCCAAUUUUAAUUUAGGACAAUAUGUAGUGGAUUUUAAGAUAUUCACUGUUUGUCCCCAGCAUUAAGUUAGUUUUGAAAAUAGUUGCUCCCUGACAGUAAUGAUUUUUAGUUUUAUAGUAGGAAAGUUCGGAAUCAAGAAAAUGCGUAAAUUACGUCAUACGCACAAUUACAGUAGAUUGUUACCCAACUUUAUCGAACUCUUGUGCUUCGGAAUCAACAGUGCCCAAAAAUGUUUUUCUUGAUUUCGAUACACUAGCCCUAUUACUGAACAGGGAUCGUGACCAAGACUCCAGAUAACGUCAGACUUUUAAAAAAAGCUCAUUUCAAAACUAGGAUAACCGCGCAUUUUUUUCAAGGACGCUUUACGUGGUAUUUUCAAAAACAUCAUAAUUCCUUUUUUGGGGGGUCAGAAUUUAAAUAUUUUACCUUGUUUGAAUAAAGGAAGCAUGAAUUAAAAUCAUACUUUUGUUUUAUGCUAUUUGGAUAAAUGCGAAAUUUUUGCGAGCCUUGAACAAAACGCUUAAAUUUGACCUUAAAAAAGACGAUCAUGACAGCUUUGGACCGUCCAGGCGAAUCGCCGCCCAAUUUUUUUUUAAAAAAGCACUAUGAGCCAAACAAAUUCGAUAUUUGUUAAUGGAAUGGGCUAAUUAUGUUGCAGAAAAAAAAUGAAGGAAUUCGGUUUCCCACGGAAAUUCGAGUGGUCGGUUCUUACACGGACCGCCUCUUAAACGCUUAUAACUUCAGCAAAAGAAUUUAUAAUCUUUACCUACAAGUUUGAUGACAUCAAGUGAAAACCGGCUGGCUCGGAGAGCGGGCACGAUGAAGCGAAUUCUGCGUUUUGAUUAGCUACCAGGUUUGCUAUAGUCUAGCCUCUUCACUAUGCAGCCCCCCCGCCCCGGGGAUACUCCUGGGAAUUCUAGGUGGAGGUGUGCCGCCAGGUUCUCCAAAUCUUGACUCUAUUUCAGACCAUUAAAAUGUCAUUUUUCAAGCCGGUUUUCAGACGUGGCCUCUACAAUCCAUCCCCGUUUUCACAGCUGGAGGUGGUCACAAAACGCAACAUUACAUGUUUAUAUAAGACUAAGACAGAAAUUAUGUCAUCAUUGCUAAGAUUAAAACCGUAACAUAAAGAUUUCUUAAAAUCCAUUUCAAAUUCGCAUAUUACACUUUCCUUUUUAUUCAUUUCGAAUUGAAACGACGAAUACAUUGAUACACAAUCGUAGUUCCUUCGUAAACCAUACUCGAUUCCAGAUCAAAAUGGACAAACUCUAUACCCGUUUUCAGACCAAAACGGCACAAAAACCCUACCCUUUAAGGCGGUACAUACCUAUAUGGCUUAUAUAAAGGAGUACCCCUCCCCCCGGUCGCAGCCGGCCCACUCAUCAUCUAGACGAUUGGUAUAUGUUGUAGUUAACUAUUUAUUUCAGUUAAUUUUUGUUUUUCUUUUGUUUCAAAUUCAAAAAAAACAAAGGAAAAAUAAAAACUAACUGAAAUCAAAAAUAACUACAACAUAAUCGCUUUCUUUUGGUCACGUGAGUCAUUGCCGGAUCCAGAUCUUGAGAUAAGUGGGGGGGCCGGUCAUCCAGACCCUUAGAUAAGAAGGGGGGAGGGGGGCGGUCUCCAAAAAUAAUUUUUUGGCCCUUCGGGCCUCCGUUUGGUCGUAAAAUAAGGGGAGGCCCGGCGCCCCCGUGCCUUUCCCUGGAUCUGCCACUGUGAGUGAACACUCUACAGUGUAUUGAAAAACAGAAAGAAUCUCUGCCCUCUCCACUCCUAAAAUACCUGCUCACACUGACCUUCUCUUUUGCACAGUUCUUCAUGACAUUUUGACGUCGCCAAUGCACUAAAAGAAGGCUUCAAGAUGUCUAACGAUAAACUUGAAACGAUAACAGCUAAAUAUUGGCAGAAACGUUGGAGUCAAAAUGAAAUCGGAUGGCAAAGAGACGCAGUGCACAAGUUCCUUGUCAAAUAUGUUGAUGAGCUGACUGAUUACAGGUCGAACUUGAGAGUGUUCGUUCCAUUGUGCGGGAAAUCUCUAGAUAUGUUGUGGUUAGCGGACCAAGGGCACCAUGUUGUUGGAGUAGACUUUGUAAAGCAUCCCAUCGAAAGCUUUUUUGAAGAAAACAACUUGACUUUUAGUAAGCUUUUUAAAGUUAAAUUGGCUGCUGCAUGUGAGCAAAUCGAUGUAUACAAGUGCGAGGAGAAACAAAUAACCAUUUUUUGCUGCGAUUUAUUUGCUCUCACGGUGGAGGACGUUGGUGGAAAAUUUGAUGCGAUAUGGGACCGUUCAUCCUUAUCUGCAGUACUGCCUCAAGUAGGAGACCGAGGCAAAAGAUACACGAAGCAUAUGCGCUCUUUUCUGACCGAUAAUGGAGGCUACAUGGUGGAAAGUCAUCGAUACAACGUGGACUGUGGUGGCUUACCACCUGCUUGCAUUCCUGAGGAGUUAAUGAAGGAAAUUUAUGGAGAUCACUUCAUUAUCAAGGAACUAGAUGUAGAGAAAUUUGCAAAAGAUCCAAAAAGGUCAUCGUUUGCUUUUGAAUAUAGCUUGCACUACCAUCUCCUGAAACCUAAAACUAACUAAGCCCUUAUAUGCAGGGGCGACUUGUUGAAUUUUUUUUUAAUUUUUUGGAUUUUAUUUACUCCCCAAGUACGUGGGGGAGAAGUGAAUGCGUGACCGAACGAACCCCAAAGGACGUCUGCGGGGAGGCUAAAUUUUAGCAGGCUUUAUGAGGUUCUUAUAUAUCCUCUGGUGACACUUUGCUUAUCGGAAUCAGUAUACCAAGCUUCGAAAUGAAAUUCGUCUUCUUUGAUUUUAAUCACUCGUUCUAGCUCUUUCUUUGUUAUGCACGUUAGUGUAGACAUUAGAAAUGAUGUCGAAAAAGACUCGACUUUGUUGUUGUUUUUUUCCUCUAAAAGCCCGGCUGGCCAUGCGAUUUCCCGCCAAGAACACUCCGAGUUAGCUGUGGUGUCAUACCUGUUAAUUGAGUUAUUUUACAUUGGUAUGCCUGUGGUGAGGGCGGACUUUCGGUUGGACGGGCGUACGGUCACUUGAUUACCAAAAUUUCUCGAAUGGAUGGAUUACCAAAUUUUAUUAGGGAUGGGGCUCUUCUCAAGCGCGCUUCGCGCUCGCGUGGAGCUCCGCUGUAAUUAAUAGAGACCUCUCGUAAUCGACCACCUAUCAUAAAUAAGCAACCACGACCACUUUUUUACCUGACUGUACUAUA